AGGGAAGUUGAAAGAAGUGGGAGAGGGACGCCGCGGAGCCUUACGAAAUCUACCGAUUCAGUACCUGUCCGGAGAGUCGGCACACUGUGAAGAGACUCUGAAGUGCUGCGUAUAAAUCGGGCCGGAGACAACACCCCCAUUAUCCAGGCUGCCCUUCUUUUCUUUUUGGUGUUAUUAAAGGUUUUUACCACCACAUCAGCGCUCAGGGGGAGAGACCACACAGAGUGACAUGGCAAGUAGAGGUGGAGCCACGCGACCCAAUGGACCUAACGCCGGCAACAAGAUCUGCCAGUUCAAACUCGUGCUUCUAGGAGAGUCAGCAGUGGGAAAGUCAAGUCUCGUACUUCGAUUUGUCAAGGGUCAGUUUCACGAAUUCCAAGAGAGCACAAUCGGAGCUGCCUUCCUGACUCAGACAGUAUGUUUGGACGACACAACAGUCAAAUUUGAAAUCUGGGACACAGCUGGUCAGGAGCGCUACCACAGUCUGGCUCCUAUGUACUACAGAGGCGCCCAGGCAGCCAUUGUGGUCUAUGAUAUCACAAAUGAGGAGUCAUUUGUACGAGCGAAGAACUGGGUCAAAGAGCUUCAGAGACAAGCCAGUCCAAACAUUGUAAUAGCCCUGGCUGGGAACAAGGCCGACCUCGCUAGCAAGAGAGCUCUGGACUUCCAGGAUGCACAGUCAUACGCAGAUGACAACAGUUUGCUCUUCAUGGAAACUUCAGCAAAAACCUCCAUGAACGUGAACGAGAUUUUCAUGGCCAUCGCAAAGAAACUUCCGAAGAACGAGCCGCAGGCCGCCGGCACCAGCAGUGGACGGAACCGGGGCGUGGACCUGACGGAGUCGGCUCAGCCCAGCAGCCGCCCUUGCUGCAGUAACUAACCCGGCUCCUCCUCUUCCUCUUCCUCCUCCUCCUCCUCUUCCUCUCAGCUCCACCCGACAGCAUCUGGAACGUCCGACCCGUUUGGGUUCCAGAUGUGCGACCCGCUCUUCACCCUCACCUCCCUGGAUUAGCUAAAAGACUCUGUAUAGCUGCAUUUCUAAUACCUUUUGUUUUGUUUUUUUGUUGAUGUUUUAUUUUGUUUUUUAACUUUUUUUAAGAAGUGUAUAUCAGUAUAACGGAUGCAUGUAUCACUACAACUCCUAAAGAAAAAAACAAAACACAUUUUUAUCUUUUAUUCAGUUUAAAGACUAACUUCCCUUUUCAGAAAGACGAGAAAGCGAGAAACCUGUGAAUGUUUCCCAUGUGAAGUUGCUCCACUUCUCCGACUGUUUGUUUGGAGCAACGGUUGAGUUGCCAGGAAAGGAUCCAGCAACUCUUCCCAGGAACAAAUCUUCAUCCGAGAUCCAGGUCUUCUGGGAUAUCCGGGGUAAAGCACUGUCCGACUUUAACACAAAGUUUAAAAAAAUAAAAAACAUAAAUCAGGAAACGUCACUUUGUUACUCAUAUUAACGACAGAAAAUAAUUUAAGUGUUAAAUUUCCAUUGAGGCCAGUAGUCAACCUCCAACAAUCUAAGUCUGUGUUAAAAAUAAAGAAAUGGAAAAAAAAACAAAAGACAAAUUUAUAUACUCUAACGUUUCAUAGGGUGCAAUGUCGUCUUCUUCCUUUAUUUCAUCUUGCCUGGAAGUUUAUUUAGAGACUCCGAACAAUUGUACAGUUGAAUAUUUUGCCAAUCCCUCUCUUAUGUUUCCUCUUCAAGCUCCACGUUUUCACAGAAGCUGGUCAGAUGUUAGGCAGUGAUGGUCUCUUUAGAUAUAUGUAGUGUUAUUAACAAAAUCUCUCUGGUGUCUUGUCACUUUCUUUUUUUCCUAUUAUUAUUAUUAUUAUUAUUAUUAUUAUUAUUAUUAUUAUUUUUAAUUAAUUUUAUUUUCUUUAUUUUCCAAAAAAGGAGAGAAAAGGUCCAUGGUGGCGUUUGAAAGGAACUUCUUUUAUUGCAUUGCACAGUGUUGAUCAUGUUUUAAUUAUUGAUAACUGCCCUUGGGUUUUUAUAUGAUGGACUGUAUUGGAUUUGCUAACCUUUCGGCUGCGGGCGGGGAGCGUAUUUAAUCUAACUGGUGGUCUCUCUUGCAGCUCAAUGGGUUUAAUGAUGUAAAAACAGCAUUACUAGUGACGGGCUGAUCCGUUUUGAGUGUCUGAAUCUUAAUAAAUCCAACAAAAUGGU